GACUUGCUCCAGCGCUGUCUUCUCUUCAGGCAAAAUGAAAAUCCUUGUGACAUUUCUGGUGGUGCUGGCCAGCUUUGGGAUACAAUCUCAUGGAUCCGAGGUUUAUAACAUCUUCAGCCCAAGCAACAAUGGUGGAAAUGUUCAGGAGACAGUGGAAGUGGACAAUGAAAAAAAUAUUGCCAUCGUUAACGUCCAUGCAGGAUCAUGUUCUUCUACCACAAUUUUUGACUAUAAACAUGGAUACAUUGCAUCCAGGGUGCUCUCCCGAAGAGCCUGCUUUGUUUUGAAGAUGGACCACAAAACCAUCCCUGCUCUGGACAUACUCCAGCGGUACAUCUACGAGAGGCAGACUUUGAACACCAUGGCCUCGGACGAAUACACCUGGGUUAGGUAUAACCCGCUGAAGUCUCUGUUCACCAGAGUGGACUGGUUCCUGUUUGGAUCGCCUAUUGAGAAACUCUGCAAGCACGUCCCCUUGUACGAGGGGGAAGUGGUUGAAAAGUCACAUGAUGUUGGUGUUGGAGGCUGUGCAAAAGCUGGUCUCCUGGGCAUCUUGGGAAUUUCCUUCUGUGCAGGUUUUCGUGUUUAGAAUGAUGGUCAGCCUACUGGUUUCACAUUUUCCAAAAAAAAUACCUCUGGCUUCCAUUCAGAAGCCAAAUUAAAUUCUUACACAAUGUCCCAUCUAAUUGUGAGA